AUGGAUAUGGAAGACAUGUUUAAAGCACAAUGGGCUUACUUUAUAUGGGCCAAGCUGCUAAAUGCAUGUUAUGAAAUCAAAGGACAUUAUUUGAAUGCUACUGCGGGGACAUGCGAAGAAAUGAUAAAAAGGGCUGUAUUUGCGAGAGAAUUAGGAGUUCCUAUCGUAAUGCACGACUACUUAACAGGUGGAUUCACUGCAAAUACUUCCUUGGCUCAUUAUUGCCGAGAUAAUGGUUUACUUCUUCACAUUCACCGCGCAAUGCAUGCAGUUAUUGAUAGACAGAAGAAUCAUGGUAUGCAUUUUCGUGUACUAGCUAAGGCGUUACGUAUGUCUGGGGGAGAUCAUAUUCACGCUGGUACCGUAGUAGGUAAACUUGAGGGGGAAAGAGAGAUCACUUUGGGAUUUGUUGAUUUAUUGCGUGAUGAUUUUGUUGAAAAAGAUCGAAGCCGCGGUAUUUAUUUCACUCAAGAUUGGGUCUCUUUACCUGGUGUUAUACCUGUAGCUUCCGGGGGUAUUCAUGUUUGGCAUAUGCCUGCUCUGACCGAGAUCUUUGGAGAUGAUUCCGUACUACAAUUCGGUGGAGGAACUUUAGGGCACCCUUGGGGAAAUGCGCCUGGUGCUGUAGCUAAUCGAGUAGCUCUAGAAGCAUGUGUGCAAGCUCGUAAUGAGGGACGUGAUCUUGCUCGCGAGGGUAAUGAAAUUAUCCGUGAAGCUUGCAAAUGGAGUCCUGAACUAGCUGCUGCUUGUGAAGUAUGGAAGGAGAUUAAAUUUGAAUUCCCAGCAAUGGAUACUUUGUAAUCUACUAAUUGACGUUCGUUCUCUUAAUUGAAUUGGAAUUAAACUCGGCCCAAU